AGAAAAUGAUAGAUUUAGAGGACAUUGACAUGUCAAACUUUCUAUCGAUCCAAGCAUGAAAUGAACCAAAAAACACAAUAUUUUUCCACUAUAUUCUUAAGAAACCUCUUCAUCCACAAUUUAUUAGAGUAUUUGUUCAUUUCUUUCAAUCAAAACGCCACCAAUCUUCCCUCUUUUUAUCGAACAUCUCAUGUAAACCGUUGACUUCCAAAUCCUUUAAUUAAUUGGACCACUUCCUUUUAUUCUUAUACCAAAUGGCUAACCAAACCAUAUCCACUCCAAAUAAUUCUCUUAAAAUUAAACCAUCUCUUUUCAUAAGACCAUGAAUAACACCACCAUCUCCGAUCCAACUUCCGGCGAUGGCGGGUUCCUCGGAUCGGAAAAAAUUGGAGGGUUCGGUUAUACAGUUGGUGUUUCAGCUGGCAUUGUUCUAUUGAUUGCAACUAUAACUUUCACUUCAUACUUUUGUACAAGAAAUCAAAGAACACCACUACGAACGGCUAAUCGAAACGAACAUAGUUGUGUGGUGGAAAUGGGAAUUGAUGAAAAAACACUUUUGAGUUAUCCAAAGUUGUUGUACUCUGAAGCUAAGGUCAAUUACAAGGACUCAACAGCUAAUUGUUGUUCAAUAUGUUUGGCGGAUUACAAUAGUAAGGACAUGCUUCGAUUGUUGCCAGAUUGUGGACAUUUGUUUCACUUGAAAUGUGUCGACCCAUGGCUGUUAUUGAAUUCAAGCUGUCCAGUUUGUAGAAAUUCUCCAUUGCCAACUCCUUUGUCCACUCCUUUGGCUGAGGUUGUUCCUUUCGCAAGUCGACCUUCCGGAUGAAUACACUUGUACUACAUUAUUUAUGUAAGAGUUUUCAAAAAUGGUUUAUAAUAUUGUGGACUACUCCAUUUAUUGCAUGCCAUAAAGUUGAGAUUUUUUUUUUAAAGUUCUAUUGUCCUCUGUAAAGAGGAGUGAUGACAUAGGA